AUGGCCGCUGUUCGCUUUCUUUGUCAGUCUCUUUUUCUUUUCUUUUCCUUAUCUCGUCUAGCAUUAGGAUCAUCGUCGGAUGUGGAGGCGCUCCUCAAACUCAAAAAAUCGUUCGUCAAUACUAAGGCACUCGAUUCAUGGACAACUGAUUCAUUUCCUUGCACUGGGAAUACCCCGUGGGCUGGUGUAGUUUGCUUUAAUGGCUUCGUCACUGGCCUCCGGCUAGCCUCUAUGGGUCUCUCAGGAAAUAUUGAUACAGAAGCCUUGAAUGAAAUCCCGGGCCUACGUACUCUUAAUUUUAAGAACAACGCUUUCACGGGCCCGAUUCCCGCUUUCAAUCGCCUCAUUGCUUUGAAGGUCAUUUACUUAUCUGGGAAUCGGUUUUCGGGGGGAAUACCCUCCAAUUACUUCUUGAAUAUGGAUUCCUUAAAGAAGGUCUGGCUAUCUGGAAAUGAAUUUACAGGGAAAAUUCCAGAGUCAUUGGCUAAGCUGUCUCAUCUCAUUGAACUGCAUCUCGAGGACAAUCAUUUCUCAGGGCAUAUUCCAGAUAUCGGACAACCAUCAUUGGUAUCCCUUAACAUGUCAAACAACAAACUGGAAGGAGAGAUUCCAGCAAGCCUAUCAAAAUUCGGCAGCAGUUGCUUUGCGGGCAAUGGCGGGCUUUGCGGGUCACAAGUGGGCAAGAAAUGUGGUGUAGAUGCAAUGGCGGAGGAUUCAAUCGGAGCAAUAUCGAACAGAUCAAACCCAAAUAACGCACCAGAACACAACAAUGUGGCAGCUGCGGCGCUGACGUUGGUUAUGGUGGUUCUUUUGCUUGGGGUGGGUGCAAUUUUCAUCCUGAGAAAAAGGGAGGAUAAGUUCAACGUUCUGGGGAGGGAGAACCUAGAUCACGCAGUAGAAGUGCAUGUCCCGUCAUCGGUCCAUAGCAAAAAGGGCGAUUCUGUUCGGAGAGGGGCAGACUCAUCAAGCAAAAGAGGGUCACAGAAUGGUAAAAGUGCAGCAUCAAUGGGCGAACUGGUAAUAGUGAAUGAUGAGAAGGGUGUUUUCGGGCUACCGGAUUUAAUGAAGGCGGCGGCGGAGGUGUUGGGGACGGGCGGAUUGGGGUCGGCAUACAAGGCAGUAAUGAGUAAUGGGGUGACGGUGGUGGUGAAGAGGAUGAAAGAUAUGAAUAGAGUAGGAAAGGACGGGUUUGACAUGGAGAUGAGGCGAAUUGGGGGACUACGCCACCCCAACGUCUUGACUCCCUUGGCUUACUAUUAUAGAAAGGAGGAGAAGCUGCUGGUCUACGAAUACAUCAACAAAGGAAGCUUGUUAUAUUUAUUACAUGGCGAUCGUGGACCUUCCCAUGCAGAGUUCAACUGGCCUGCCCGUCUAAAGAUUGUUCAAGGAAUUGCUCGAGGAAUGGGUUAUCUCCACACAGAACUUGCUUCACUUGACUUGCCACAUGGCAACCUCAAGUCUAGUAAUAUUCUUCUCAACCCUAAUGACGGCGAGCCACUACUGUCCGACUAUGGGUUUUGCGCCGUGGUGAGUCCCACCCAAGGCGCGCAAGCCAUGUUCGCCUACAAAGCCCCCGAGUCCUUACAAUAUCGCCACGUCUCUCCAAAAUGUGACGUAUACUGCCUUGGCAUCGUCAUUCUUGAGAUACUAACAGGAAAAUUCCCUUGUCAAUAUCUAAACAAUGGAAAGGGUGGGACAGAUGUGGUGGAAUGGGUGCUAUCUGCAAUGUCUGAGAAGAGGGAACGUGAGUUGUUCGAUCCAGAAAUUGCGAGCGCUACAAAUUCGCUUGGUGAGAUGGAACGGCUCCUGCACAUCGGUGCAGCUUGCACGGAGAGCGUUCCUGAACAACGGCCUGAUAUGAAAGAAGCCAUCAGGAGAAUAGAGGAGGUGCAGGUUGAGGGAUCCAACAAUGAAGGUAGAUCACUGCAAUUAGCUACUACUCCAUCAUCAUUAUCAAUGAGGAGAGAUGGGUAUGCCCAGUUGCCAUUGUUGUCUCCUUCCGGUGCACCAAACCUCCUGCACCCUGCUGGUGCUGGUGCUGGGCAUCAAAAUCAUACCUUUGCCUUCACCAUUUCAUAG